AUGACAAUGAUACUUUUAUCAUUUAUACCUGUGGAUACACGAGAGAUGUUAAGACAGCAAUAUAAGAAUGUGGAAAUUGAUUUUCCUCCAGCUCGAACUCCAUUAUUUGAAUAUAUAUUAUAUUAUCAAUAUCUUCCACGAUAUGAGUUCACGAGACUUAUAGAUUUUAAGGGACGUAAAGAAGGUUUAAGUCAACUUCAUGUAUUAAAAUCUUCGUAUGUUAAAAAAAUAUUAGAAAAUGCUAAUUUUUCAUAUCUUGAAAUACUUGAUGUAUUUGGUAUCAAUUGUGAAAUUCAUAUUAAUUUAUUUAUGAUAUUAAUCGAAAAAACUCAAAAUACACUUCGAAGAUUAUAUUGGAAUCAAUUAGAAGGAGCUAAAUUGGUAAUUUGUGAAGUAGUAGAUGCGAAUUUAAUAUUUCGAACAUUGGGAACGAAGGCAUCCAAGAAUUUAACAUUAAUUAAUUUUUCAGAAGGAUGGUGGUUUACGGACAUAAAUUUAUAA